CUUUCUUCUUCUCUGUCUGCUUCCUCCUCAUUCAUUUCAAAAGCAUCAAUUUUUCAAAAGCAUCAAUUAACCAAACAAAGUAACCUUUCCUCUUGUACCACUCUCAUGUAGGUUUCCUCUUACAAAGGUCAUAACUCGCUACUCUUAACUCACCGUGACUCGUCCCUAAUGGCUAGUAACAACAACAACCCUCAUGAGAAUCUUUCCGACCAAACACCUUCCGAUGACUUCUUCGAGCAAAUCCUCGGCCUCCCCAACUUCUCAGCCUCUUCAUCCGACGGUGGGUUAGGCGGAGGAGGAGGAGGAGGAGCACCGCCGAUGAUGCUCCAGCUGGGCUCAGGCGAGGAAGGAGGCCACAUGGGUGGGCUAGGAGGAGGAAGUGGGUUUCACAACCAGAUGUUUCCUCUGGGGUUGAGUCUUGAACAAGGCAAAGGACAAGGCUUUCUUAGACCCGAAGGUGGUAGUCUUGGAACUGGGAAACGUUUCUCUGAUGACGUCAUGAAACCUGUUUUUCAUGGGCAGCCAAUGCAACAACAGCCAGCACCAGCGGCGCCGCAUCAGCCUACUUCGAUCCGUCCUAGGGUUCGAGCUAGGCGUGGUCAGGCUACUGACCCACAUAGCAUAGCUGAAAGGCUUCGUAGAGAAAGAAUAGCUGAACGGAUCAGGGCGUUGCAAGAGCUUGUACCUACUGUUAACAAGACAGAUAGAGCUGCUAUGAUUGAUGAGAUUGUGGACUAUGUAAAGUUUCUCAGGCUCCAAGUUAAGGUUUUGAGCAUGAGUCGUCUUGGUGGAGCCGGUGCAGUUGCUCCACUUGUUACUGAUAUGCCUUUGUCAUCAUCAGUUGAGGAUGAAUCUGGUGAAGGUGGAAGGGCACCACAACCCGCGUGGGAGAAAUGGUCUAACGAUGGCACAGAACGUCAAGUGGCUAAACUGAUGGAAGAGAAUGUUGGAGCAGCGAUGCAGCUUCUUCAAUCUAAGGCGCUUUGUAUGAUGCCAAUCUCAUUAGCUAUGGCUAUUUACCAUUCUCAGCCUCCAGAUACAUCUUCUGUGGUUAAGCCUGAGACUAAUCCUCCUCCACCUUAGGAUUUUUUAGUGCAUGUGAGGGUUUGUACAGCAAUCCAACAUGGCUUUUUUGCUUUCUACUACUGAUAAGGGCUCUGUUGUCUUGCUGUUUCAUUUCCCUGACAGUCACUUGUUUGGUUUGAUUGAAAGGUAAUAAGAAAAAUGCUUUGGAGAUGGAAUCAAUAGGAUUUGCAGUAGAAGGGAGGAUUUGUCAAAAAGCUCACUUGAUUAAAUAUGAUUUGCUAUCAUUUUAGGUGGACUUUGAUGAAAGCAACUUUAUGUUUUCCUGACUUUAGUGGGAGGUUGAGGAAGGGGUAUUUUAGUAGUAGUAGUAGUGAGUGUGUGGGACCUGAAGAAAAAUAAAGUAUUUGAAUAUUUUAACCGUUGUAUUAUUAUUUAUUGUAUGAUUUGGAGUGGUAUAAAUAACCAAAUGAUGUUGUUAGUC